AUGGUAGCGUUCGACAGUCUGUGUAUGAGACGCUGUCCUAUUGGACAUUAUGUGGAGGAUCAGAUCUGUAAAGGUAGGAUUACCGAAGGUAUGCUCUAUACUGUCACACAUAGUCCUCCCAAAUCAGAUACUGUCACACGUAGUCCUCCCAAAUCAGAUAAUAACACACGUAGUCCUCCCAAAUCAGAUACUGUCACACGUAGUCCUCCCAAAUCAGAUACUGUCACACGUAGUCCUCCCAAAUCAGAUACUGUCACACGUAGUCCUCCCAAAUCAGAUACUGUCACACGUAGUCCUCCCAAAUCAGAUACUGUCACACGUAGUCCUCCCAAAUCAGAUACUGUCACACGUAGUCCUCCCAAAUCAGAUACUGUCACACGUAGUCCUCUCAAAUCAGAUACUGUCACACGUAGUCCUCCCAAAUCAGAUACUGUCACACGUAGUCCUCCCAAAUCAGAUACUGUCACACGUAGUCCUCCCAAAUCAGAUACUGUCACACGUAAUCCUCCCAAAUCAGAUAUUGUCACACGUAGUCCUCCCAAAUCAGAUACUGUCACACGUAGUCCUCCCAAAUCAGAUACUGUCACACGUAGUCCUCCCAAAUCAGAUACUGUCACACGUAGUCCUCCCAAAUCAGAUACUAUCACACGUAGUCCUCCCAAAUCAGAUACUGUCACACGUAGUCCUCCCAAAUCAGAUACUGUCACACGUAGUCCUCCCAAAUCAGAUACUGUCACACGUAGUCCUCCCAAAUCAGAUACUGUCACACGUAGUCCUCCCAAAUCAGAUACUGUCACACAUAAUCCUCCCAAAUCAGAUACUGUCACACGUAGUCCUCCCAAAUCAGCUGUCACACGUAGUCCUCCCAAAUCAGAUACUGUCACACAUAGUCCUCCCAAAUCAGAUACUGUCACACGUAGUCCUCCCAAAUCAGAUACUGUCACACAGUGCGGUGGUGGUUGUGUGCAGUGUGACUCACCUGUGCAGUGCUACAAGUGUGGUCCCGCCCUGUUGCUGUCCGGGGACAGGUGUGUCCGCCAGUGUCGCCAGCAUCAGUACCGUGACUGGGAAAACCAGCUGUGUAUAGACUGUCCACAGGACUGUGUAGAAUGUGGGAGCGGGUCUAAAUGUACCCUCUGUAACAGCCACACCUUCCUGCGCCAGGGCAAAUGUGUCACCACAUGUGGUCCAGGUUACUAUGAGAACCGCAGGACCCAGAUCUGUGAAGAGAACCGUGAGGCACCGAUUCUACAGAUCUUUGGUCAGAUCCUCACAGAGGAGGGAGGAAUCGCCAGUAUUCCUGCUGACAUCUUCUACCUGUCAGAUCCGGACACACCUGUGGAGGACUUACUUCUGGUUCUGUCACGAACCCCCGACAAUGGUGAGCUGGUUAAGGCGGUGAUGGGGCGUGACAUAGCGCUACAGACAGAGGAUACCUUCACACUGGUCGACCUCCAUACAGGCAAAGUCAGGUUCAUCCACAACAGCAACGCAGGAAGCAAAAGUCGGAUUACAUUGAGAGCCAGUGACCAUAUGAUGCUGAGUGAUGAGGCUACAUUAAGUAUCCAGGCAGUAUCCAGACAGCCACCACGCCUCCUUAGGAAGGUGCCACUUGUGGUGACCAGUGGAGAAACCUCUACACUUGACAAUAUUGACUUUCUGAUCAGUGGAACCGAAGACGAUGUCACCAUCACCAUACUUGAAGGUGCCUUCCAUGGUCAGAUAAUCCACCAGAAAUUUGAUUCUCCAGUGACAUCAUUUACCCUACAGGAUCUGAGGGCCGGAUCCAUUGGAUACCGUCACACGGGCCAAAACAGUGAGGAUCGCGACCUAUUUCUUCUACAGGUGUCUGACGGAUAUCACCUUCUCAACUUUAUAAUCAACAUCAGUAUUCGUAUUAAGGACAAUAUUAUUCCUAUUUUGGUCAACAACAAAUUGGGACAUCUCAAAUCAGGUGAUAUGUUACAAUUGACAUCUGAGCUAUUGCUGGCUGAGGUGAUGGACUUCGAUAAAACUCCAACACGGGACAUAAUCUAUACCUUAAUGCCGACAGUCAACAAUCCCAAACAAGGGGAGGUGCUCAUGGUGGUCCCUAUACCAGAGAAUGGACCAGGACAAGGUUGGGAGGAUAUAGGCGGGGGAUCAAUGGCUGCCAAGAUGUUUCGUUUCAUGCAGAGAGACAUUGAUGAGGGCCGAAUCUGGUACAAGCAUAAGGCCACUUCGGCCUUAUCUGAUGUCAUCACUUUUGAGAUCGCUGACACCGCCAAUCCUCCAAACAUACUACGGGACCAGAGAUUCCAGCUGUCAAUCAUUAGCCAGGCUCCACCUACAACCACACCCACAUUGGCUCCAGGAGUUCGACUUGGUAUGACGGUGCUGGAGAACCAGGUGGUACCUGUAAGUAGCUCUAACCUGGCCUUUGAGGACAUGGACACCCCAGACACUGCCAUCAUAUACACAGUGACACGCCCUCUCAGGGAUGGGGAGGGGACACUGGAACACAUCGAUACACCCUUCCGCUCCACCUCACGAUUCACACAGGCUGAUAUCAACAAUAACAGGAUUGUAUACCGGCCUCCCUUGUCUGAUGUGGGUUUUGAGGAGAAAGAGUUCAGCUUUUACUUCACAGUUUCGGAUGACGGGCCACCAAACCGUAAUCCUGAGGAACAGAAGUUCAGUAUACGAGUGCUGCCUGUGAAUAAUGUGCCCCCUAGGUUCCUCAACCCCGCCCCCAGUGUCAUUGUGUCACAGGGCACUGCUGCCCCUCUCAGCCAGUCCUUACUAGCAGUCACUGAUGCUGACUCGCCCACAUCCGACCUUCUUGUGACCUUGACCCAGGCCCCUGUUUUUGGAAGGAUUGAAAAAAACCACAUUGGUGGAAAGGUGAUAAUAAGGGAAGGUGAAAUGUUCCACUAUGACGAGCUGUUAGAUAGCGUGUUCCAGUACCAACAUGGAGGGAGUGGCCGACAGCUCACGGACAUGUUUGUCCUGGAGGUCAGUGACGGUGCUCACCAAACCAGUCUCCACAUCAACGUGACAAUAGUUAGGGUUGACAAGUCAUCCCCUAGAAUACUCGACACAGCCAGCUGUAGGAUCAACAUCAAUGAAAGAGAAACUGUGGUGAUUGAGCGCAACAUUUUAGCUUUUGUGGACCAGGAUGAUGAGGACAACCGUCUGAGAAUAACUGUAUCCUCUAACUGCGUACACGGCCGUUUGUUGUACCGUGGGGCACGUCUCCUACAGAGGGGCGGAGUCUUCACACAGGCAGACAUCAAUAACCACCAUAUAAGUUACCAGUCAGAUCGGGAGAUUGGAAGCCAGCCAAUCACAGAGGUGCUUGUUUUUAAUGUCAGUGAUACAAGUGGGAAUAUGCUAAACAACCAGAUAGUGUCGAUCAUAAUCCAGCCAGUCGACAAUCAGGCACCAUUGGUUAAACUCGGACCUGAAAUACAGAUAGAAGAGGGUGGUGAGAGCCCCAUCACCUUGGAGAACAUCAAAGUGACCGAUGCUGACAGUCCAGUGUCCAGUUUAUCCUUUACUAUAGAAACAUCACCAGCAUUUGGGGAGAUACACAGCACACGUCCUGGUAUGUAA